AAAAGCAGCGUAUCAAUCGAGAAUUGGCCGCAGUAUACGUUUGGCUUGCAAGGCAGCAAGGUGGUUUUCUCAGUCGCCCCGUAUCCCCGUCAACGAUCGAUCGUUCCGUCCGGAGUGUGUCUGUGUGUGUGAGCGCAUCAGUGAUGGAUCUUCGUGCAGUGAUGUUAGUGUUAGCCAUCGUGGCCGUGACAAUGGUCGCGAGUGUCCCGGUGGAUGAUGAACCGAGGAGACGACCGAUAAUUAUCGACGCCCAAUUAGCAGCCGCUGCUAGACGUGCUUCGAUGCUUGGAGAACCGGCAGAUUACAAUAACCUUCCAAGAAUGUCAAUCAUGCCCGAUUUAGUUAAGCUAAAUGAUGAAUCAACUAAGGUGGAGUCCACUACCUUAGAGGAUACAACCGUGACUGCCGAGGUAGCAUCUGAGACCGAGGAAUCGACCACUGUGCCUGGUGAGGUAACGACUACUACUGCAGAAUUGACUACUACUGAAGAGUCGACCACUGUGCCUGGUGACGUAACGACUACUACUGCAGAAUUGACUACUACUGAAGAGUCGACCACUGUGCCUGGUGAGGUAACGACUACUACUGCAGAAUCGACUACUACUGAAGAGUCGACCACUGUGCCUGGUGAGGUAACGACUACUACUGCAGAAUCGACUACUACUGAAGUAACGACUACGACAGUGCCUGGUGAAGUAACGACUACUACUGCAGAAUCGACUACUACUGAAGAGUCGACCACUGUGCCUGGGGAGAUAACGACUACUACUGCAGAAUGGACCACAAUCGAAUCCACCACUGUGCCUGGGGAGGUAACGACUACGACAGUGCCUGGUGAAGUAACGACUACUACUGCAGAAUCGACCACAAUCGAAUCCACCACUGUGCCUGGGGAGGUAACGACUACAACAGUGCCUGGUGAAGUAACGACUACUACUGCAGAAUCGACCACAAUCGAAUCCACCACUGUGCCUGGUGAAGUAACGACUACUACUGUGCCUGUGCAGGUAACGACUACUACCGAAUCCACCACUGUGCCUGGGGAGGUAACGACUACUACUGUAGUCACUGAACCAUCGACUACCAGUACGGAAGUAUCAACAACCUCCACCGUAUCAGCCGCCACAACAACGACCGAUUCAACAAUAACCGAGGAAGCUACCACCACUACGAUCGAACCGGAAACCACUACACAGGGAGCCAGCUCGAUGACUUCCUUGGGUGUUGCCGUACUGACUGCUGUUGCACUGACCAACAUCCUUCGAGUACAGUAGCCCACAACCCGGAAGGUGAUAAUGUGUUAAAUAGCAUCAUGUAAGAUAGUGGUAGUGUUUUAGUGUUUGACAGGAAGUGGUAGUGGAUGAGACCAUUUAGUUUUAAACGUGUAGUGUCGAACGCGCAUAAGAUUCGUUUGUAAUGUGAUUGUUUGGAUUUGGAGGAUGAAAAUAUAAAUUUUCUACUAUUUAA